AUGUUAGUCCCUUCUACGGAGGACCCAAAUGGGGACAAAUUUCAAUCCGUAUUCUCAGUACUUACUUUUGACAAUGUCAUUGUUGAUGAUGACGAUGGUGGUGUGCACAAGUGUAGCACUCUUUCUGGGAUCGAGGACGUCAAUAUUCCUCUUUCUAUGAGUCUGGAGAUUGGAGAUGAUCAAUCAUUUCAUGUUAUAGGUCAUUGUGAUGGGAUCAUUUGUCUAGCUCGUCCUAAUUCUACUAAGGUGCUUUUGUGGAAUCCGGCAAUUCAGGAAUUCAGGGUCCUUCCCUCGGAGACAUACAGUCCAGAUUGGUUCGACGAAGCAUCCUUUAGGGAUCCUCAUCCUUGGUGGUUGGAUAUGCCUUACAUGCCACUAACAAAUCGGUUCAACGAUGUUUUGGGAUUAGGCUAUGAUCCUAAAUCUAAAGAUUACAAAGUUGUCAAAAUUGGAUUUUCUGGUUCAGAAUUGCAUGGCGGCACAGAACAUUUGAUUAUUCAUCCUCCCAAGGUAGUAGUGUAUACCCUAGGAACUAAUUCUUGGAGGGAGAUCGAGCCUUAUUCUUUAGAAACGGAAACUACUUUCCUUUGGCCUGAAACUUUUCAGGUGUACUUCAAGGGGAUGUGUUAUUGGAUAGGAAGUGAGCAACAAAAGGAAUUUGCCGAUAGCUAUGAUGUCACCUAUCCCGAGCAAGAAAAAAUUAGGCGAGUGAUCGUUUGGUUUGACAUGAGUCGUGAGGUGUUUCAUGACAUACUGUUACCACAUGAGAUGGUAGAGUUCAACAAUUUCGAAGGAUUUGGUAUUGAAAUGCGUCUUAAGGUGUGGAAUGAAUCCAUCGCUCUCUUUCGCUUGAAUUGUAAUACCUUUGAAGAUGGUGAUACACCACCCUUUGAAAUGUGGCUAAUGGAUGAUGAUUCUGGUGGUGGUCCGAAAAAUGCGGGUGGUGUUUGGACAAAACACUUUGCUGCCAAGAUCCCAUCAUUCUCAAGGUCCCUCUUGCCCCUGUACUCCACAUUGGCAAUGUGGAAAAGCGACGAGGUUCUUACAGUAGAGGGAAAUGGAGGCUUGCCAAUGUGGAAAAAGCGAAGAGGUUCUUACAGUAGAGGAAAAUGGAGGCAUAGUCUGCUAUAA